GAAUUUGGGACGCGCCGGGUGGGGCUGAGCGUUCUCAACGUGAUUGCUCUCGUGAAGAGAUAAGACGUUUGAUAGAUUGCUGAUUCACUCUCUUGCUCCAUCUGUAGCGCAAUAGAUGCAACAGUUUGACGGCCAACACCUUGUGAAACGAGACUAUCGGACUGGACUAAUUUGUUUAGUUUCGUUGUUGUUUUUGUGCUGGCGUUACCUGAAAAAUCGCCGGUGGCGAUGAAAAAUGAACCGGAAACUGUUGGCAGCAGCAAGUGUUUUGAUCGGUCUCAUCUCCAUCAGUGCCCAGAUUGCGAGUUAUGUCCACACUCGCCAGAUGGUAGACUACGUCUCUUCGGGACUGUGGGGCGGAGCCUUCAUGAUCGCCUCUGCCACUUUAAUUUUACUCGAAAAGCCCAAGGAUCGCUGCAUCCUGACGCUAACUUGUUUAUCGCUCGCUAGCGGUUUAAUUAUGAUGAUCCUUUACUCUUGGAAUUUGAAUCGAUUCUUUCAAGUCUACACAACGUGGGAAAUUUGCGAAUUCUACGCGCCUGGUCUCCUCAUUAAUCCUUCCAUGUGUAAAGCUCUCGUGACUUUGCAUGGACUGAUGAUUGCCCUCGGUUUCUUCGCCGUCCUUAUCAAUUCGGCUCUACUCUUCCUCACUUGCCGCCAACCCGUCAGCAGAUCGCAACCAAAACACUCGCACAAAUCCGAUCCUUUGGCUCCUUCUAGAAUGUGCAGCACCUUAAUCUAAGCUGACGUGAUUGACGUCCUCAUUUGCCGUCUGUUUGCAAUCUCCAAUCGAACAGCCCGUCUCUUUGCAGACCUAUUUAAAUAAUUUUUGGAUUAAACAAAUGCGACUCUA